AUGUUCGUCAACCUCGUCAAGGCGAUGCCUGCUCGGGCCUCGGCCUUCACCACCAUGAAGCAGCCUUUGCAAACCCGUUUCAUGGCCACGGUCCGCCAGCGCACCGCCUUGGAGCCCGCUACCUUCACUAUCCGUGAUGGCCCGAUUUUCACCGGCAAGUCGUUCGGUGCCCGCUCCAACAUCUCUGGCGAGGCAGUGUUCACCACCUCGCUGGUCGGAUAUCCCGAGUCCCUCACCGACCCUUCCUACCGUGGCCAGAUCCUGGUCUUUACCCAACCCCUGAUCGGCAACUAUGGUGUGCCGUCCGCCGAGAAAGACCGCAGCGGUCUUCUGAAGUACUUUGAAUCGCCCAACCUGCAGGCGGCCGGUGUAGUCGUCGCUGACGUCGCCGAACAAUACAGCCACUGGACGGCCGUCGAAAGUCUGGGCGAAUGGUGUUCUCGGGAGGGCGUUCCCGCCAUCUCUGGUGUCGACACCCGUGCCAUUGUCACCUAUUUGCGUGAGCAGGGUUCGUCGCUGGCCCGUAUCACUGUCGGCGAGGAGUACGACGCCAACGAGGACGAGGCCUUCACCGACCCCGAGCAGAUCCACCUGGUGCGCCAGGUCAGCACCAAACAGCCCUUUCACAUCAGUGCCGCCGAUCCCCAGUCGCACGUCGCUGUCAUUGACUGCGGUGUCAAGGAGAACAUUCUGCGCAGCCUGGUCAACCGGGGCUCUAGCGUUACCGUGUUCCCCUUCGACUACCCGAUCCACAAGGUGGCCCACCACUUUGACGGCGUGUUCAUCUCCAACGGCCCCGGUGACCCCACCCACUGCCAGGAUACUGUCUACCACCUCAAGCGCCUGAUGGAGACCUCCCAAGUGCCCAUCUUCGGUAUCUGCCUGGGUCACCAGCUGCUGGCUCUGGCGGCCGGCGGCCGCACCAUCAAGCUCAAGUACGGUAACCGGGCUCACAACAUCCCCGCUCUGGACCUCAGCACCGGCCGCUGCCACAUCACCAGCCAGAACCACGGUUACGCUGUCGAUGCCGCGACCCUGCCCGAGGACUGGAAGCCGUACUUCACCAACCUGAACGACUCGAGCAACGAAGGCAUGAUCCACAAGUCUCGCCCGAUCUUCAGCACCCAGUUCCACCCCGAGGCUAAGGGUGGCCCCUUGGACUCGUCUUACCUGUUCGACAUCUACCUGGACAGUGUGCUCAAGUACAAGAACAGCCAGGCCGGUCUGUACCCCCAGCGGGACAGCCGCCCCAGCCCUCUGUUGGUUGACCUGCUGGCCAAGGAGCGUGUGGGCGUCCAGCCGACCGUCGGCAUGCAGAAUGUGGCCGCUGCCGCCGCCGCUGCCGCUUCGGCGUAA